UACAUAGAAGAGCUAUGCUCUAAAAUGACAUAAAAGAAAUAUGACAGUAAAAAGUAUAGAAAGGGAAAUGUAGAAAAGAAAAUGGAGAGAAAGGACAUGAGAAGAAUUACUCAGGAAGAAGAUUUCUCAAUCAUUGUACAACCCUCAAUAACUAACUAUGUCCUUAUUACGGUACGUCAAUCUUUAUCCAUAUCACGUAACUUUCACAUCGUCUUGCGUUUUCUCUGGCUUCUUCUACCCGAGGCACAUGGCUAUAAUUUGGACUUCUUUCUCGGCCCAAUUCAUCUGGACUCAACAUAUUAGUGGUGAGUAUGUCAUGCUAAUAGGACAUUGUUUUCCGGGACUAAUUUUCCUGUGUGUUGUCUGUUCAGAUUAUGAAAAACUUCAAGUUCAUUGAUAUGAGCUUUUCUAAAAUACUGACUAAAACUCCAGAUUUCUCGGGAGUUCCAAAUUUAGAAAAUUUAAUUCUUGAAGGUUGUUCAUCCCUUCUUGUUGUUCAUCAUUCCCUUGGAGGGUUAAAAAGCUUGUCAGCGUGAAUUUGUCUGAAUCCCCAAGUCUCAAAGUCCUUCCAAGAAAAUUGGAAACGAAUUCAUUGGCGAAGUUACUCCUUAGGCGUUGUUCUCAAGUUUCAAUGCUCCCAGAGUUUGGGGAAGGCAUGAAAACAUUAUCAUUGCUUGACGUGAGUUAUACUGCUAUAAGGGAACUUCCAAAGUCAUUUGGAUUUUUGAACGGUCUUAGAGAUUUGAAAAUGAGAAAUUGUGAACAUCUUGUUUUUUGCUUGCUUGUCUUCCACAAUUUGAAGAAUCUCAAAACGGUUGACAUGUGUGGUUGCUCAAAACUUUCCAAGGGCCAAAAAGACUGAAUGAAAUUGCAGCGUCGGAAAAACACGACAGGAGUGAAAAUUUCAGAACAGACAUGACUCUGCUCAGUGCUCUAAUAAGCAAUCAAGCCUUCAGCUUUAAUCCAUCUGCAAUAACAGAGUUAGACUUAAGCGCUUGUGGCAUCAGUGAUGGAUCAAUUGUUGAACUUUUCAGUGGUUUCUCGUCAUUACUUGUGCUAAAUCUUGGAGGGAAUGAUUUUGUUAAUCUACCUGAUGGUUGGAUCUGUAAUUCUAUUCGACUACGCUUUCUUUUUCUGAGUUCCUGCAAGAGGCUUAAGUCACUGCCCAAGCUUCCACCACAGUUAGUUCGACUAGACGCAGUGGGUUGUAAUUCACUGGAACCUUUUUCAGAAAGACAACAAUGGAUUAUGGUUUCAUCGCUUCACCAUGAGGUAGCAGAAUAUUUUCCCCAGAGAGAUUUUUUUGCAAUUAUUUGGGGAUCUGAGAUACCGUCAUGGUUCCCAAAUAACGAUUAUGUUGCUUCAGAUUUGUAUAGAUAUAAAUAUUAGUUAGUGAUGAACA